CAAGUCUCGGCGUAAGCCUCUUCCUUUUUGUUCUCAUCUCUGUCUCUGCUUUUUUUUACUCUCAGAGUUUAGAUUAGAGAUCUCGUUUCAGUGCUUUUAUCUCUCACCGAUUAAGAUUCUUUCCUUUUCCCUUUCCCUUUCCCAUGGCUUCCGCUGGGAAUCCAAAUCAACCUGCGACCUUCGAUAUGCAGAAGUUCUUCAAACCCUCGACAAACCCUUCUCCUUCAAACCCUAGUAAUCAAAACGCGUCACCAUUUCCAGCGUCUUCUUAUCCUACACCACCUUCUUCUUAUCCUCCACCCACUGGCCCUUUCUCCUACCCACCCCAGACUGCUCCAUUCCAUAAUCCUCACUACCUCCCUCCUUACACACAAGAGCAGUUCUCUGGGAUGCACCACCAGAGGCCCAUCCCCUAUGCUACACCCAAUCUCCAACCACCUCCUUACCUUGCCUCUCCCAAUCCUAACCAUGGAGCCAGACUGAUGGCUCUACUGGGCACCAGCGCUCCAUCCAACAUGGAAUUGCCGUCUCCGACAAUGCCGUCACCAUCUGCAGCGUCUUCAAUGGCUGCUACAUCAGAAUUCCCCUUGCAUACCAAUCCCCCCAUCUUACCUUCGAUGCCCUCGGCGCCGCCCCUCAGCAUGGCGGCUUCCCAGGCGGCCCCAAUGAGGUUACCAAGCAGCAAGCUUCCCAAGGGCCGACAUUUGAUUGGCGACAACGUAGUCUAUGAUGUCGACGUCAGGUUGCAGGGCGAGGUCCAGCCCCAGCUCGAAGUCACCCCAAUCACCAAGUAUGUCUCCGAUCCGGGACUUGUCGUCGGCCGGCAGAUUGCAGUUAACAGGACAUAUAUAUGCUAUGGACUGAAGUUGGGGGCUAUCCGGGUCCUCAAUAUAAACACUGCCUUAAGAUCUUUGCUUCGAGGUCACACUCAGAGGGUCACAGACAUGGCUUUCUUUGCUGAGGAAGUUCACCUUUUAGCCAGUGCGAGCAUAGAUGGGAGGGUUUUUGUAUGGAAGAUUAAUGAAGGUCCAGACGAAGAAGAUAAGCCACAAAUUACUGGAAAAAUUGUUAUUGCCAUUCAGAUAAUUGGAGAGGGGGAUUCGAUACAUCCACGAGUCUGUUGGCACUCUCACAAACAGGAGAUUUUGGUAGUAGGUAUUGGAAAAUUUGUGCUGAAAAUUGAUACAACAAAGGUUGGAAAAGGUGAAGUGUUUUCAGCUGAAGAGCCUCUCAAGUGUUCUAUUGAUAAGCUGAUCCCGGGUGUCCAACUUGUUGGUGAACAUGACGGGGAAGUGACUGAGUUGUCAAUGUGCCAAUGGAUGACCAGUCGCUUAGCAUCUGCAUCAACGGAUGGCACGGUAAAGAUAUGGGAAGACCGUAAGGCACUGCCCCCUGUGGUAUUGAGGCCAUAUGACGGUCAGCCAGUUAACUCGGUCACAUUCUUAACUGCACCUAACCGCCCUGAUCACAUUAAUCUCAUCACAGCGGGGCCUCUGAAUCGGGAAGUGAAGAUAUGGGCCUCAGCAAGUGAAGAAGGUUGGCUGUUACCUAGUGAUGCUGAAACAUGGCGGUGUACUCAGACAUUGGAGUUAAGGAGUUCCGUGGAACCCCGAAUCGAGGAGGCAUUCUUUAAUCAAGUUGUAGCCUUGCCACGUGCGGGCCUCAUUCUUCUUGCAAAUGCCAAGAAGAAUGCUAUAUAUGCCAUACACAUAGAAUAUGGCCCAAACCCGUUCUCAACUCGCCUGGAUUAUAUUGCAGAGUUUACUGUCACAAUGCCUAUUUUGAGUCUUACUGGUACGAGCGACUACAUAUCUGAAAGGGAGCAUGUGGUUCAGGUUUACUGUGUCCAGACGCAGGCUAUUCAACAGUACGCUCUGGAUCUGUCUCAGUGCUUCCCACCGCCACUGGAUAAUGUGGGAUUAGAAAAGACAGAGUCUAGUGCUUCUCGUUCUCUGGAUACAACUAUUUCAGAUGGAUUGGCUACAUCAGAGCCAUCUAAUCUGGGUACAUCUACUGAGAUGCCUGUAGGAAAUGAUGCACCCAAACCAACUGUCUUAGUUAGCAGUUCUGAAAGUGUACCUGCUGCCAGUUAUCCUGUAAUCUCGGAUUCUGCCGAGGUUCCUAGCUUACGCGAAUUGGUGUCAUCAAGUAUUGAAUCUAAACCAAGUGCUUUAGUGCCUGCAACCUCUGAUGCCGAUAAUAUCCAUGUUGUGGCACAGCCUCUUCCUUUGAGUCCGAGGUUAUCAGGGAAACUCUCUGGUUUUAGAACUCAAUCAAAUUGCUUUGAGCCUGGUUCCCAACUAGAUCGUGGCAGUGACUUGACAGUUCAUGAUUAUUCAGUAGAUAGGAGAGUGGACAAUGUUAUUACAAAUUUACCAGAUAUUCCUUCCUUGGAUGAAAUCUCUAGAAAGGAUGAAAGCAAAGUUGCACAGAAUGACAAUACUGUGAUGCCUAAUCCUCCUGUGAUGUUCAAACAUCCUACCCAUUUGGUAACUCCAUCAGAGAUAUUUUCAAUGGCUGUUCCACCUGCUGAGAAUAGUCGGGUCAGUCAAGGAAUGAAGAGGGGUGAGGCAAAGGUACAAGAUGUGGUUGUCAACAAUGAUACAGGGAGCGUCGAGGUAGAGGUUAAAGUCAUUGGUGAGACUGGGUCUAGUCAGAAUGAUGAGUUUGAUUCCCAUAAAGAACCACACAUUCUUCUUGCAGAGAAAUUGGAGAAAUCCUUCUGCUCCCAGGCUUCGGAUCUUAGCAUGGAGAUGAUGAGAGACUGCUGUGAAACUUUUGGUGUGGAGACUCGGCAGGUCAAUGAUUCUUGUGUUACUGAAGUGGUAGACCGGCCUCCAAAUGCUGGUGAAGAAGAAUUGCAAGAUUCUUCGAAAGAAGCACAUGGAAAGGUUUCUGAGUCGAAUGCAGCUACAACAGUUCCACAGACUCCAGCACCAGCUACAAAAGGGAAGAAACAGAAGGGUAAAAACUCUCAAAUAUCAGGACCUUCAUCUGCUUCUCCAAGCCCUUUCAAUUCCACAGAUUCUUCCAAUGAACCGGGUAGCAGUUCUGUUGGUCCUUCUACAGAGGCUGCUGUUGCACAAAUAAUGGCCAUGCAAGAGACAUUGAACCAGCUAAUUACCAUGCAAAGAGAAAUGCAGAAGCAGUUGUCAGUGAUGGUGGCUGUCCCAGUCACCAAAGAAGGCAAAAGAAUUGAGGCAGCUCUGGGCAGGAGCAUGGAGAAAGUUGUUAAGGCCAACAAUGAUGCUCUUUGGGCUCGGCUUCAAGAAGAGAAUGCAAAGCAUGAGAAGAUGGAACGUGACCGUUCACAGCAGAUGACUAGUGUCAUCACCAACUAUAUGAAUAAAGACUUGCCGGCCAUGCUAGAGAAAACAGUGAAGAAGGAAAUGUCUUCUGUAGGACCAGCUGUAGCUCGUGCUAUUACUCCGGUUGUGGAGAAAACACUUUCUUCAGUUGUUGCAGAGGCAUUCCAGAGAGGGGUUGGAGACAAGGCUGUGAGUCAGUUGGAAAAAUCAGUUAAUUCAAAACUGGAAGCAACAGUAGCUAGGCAAAUCCAGGCUCAAUUCCAAACUUCUGGAAAGCAAGCUCUUCAGGAUGCAUUAAGAUCUACCUUUGAAGCUUCAGUAAUUCCGGCAUUUGAAAUGUCAUGCAAAGCCAUGUUUGAGCAAAUUGAUGCUGCAUUUCAGAAAGGGAUGGUUGAACAUGCAGCUGCAGCUCAGCAGCAGUUUGAGUCUGCACAUUCUCCUUUGGCUAUUGCUUUGAGGGAUUCAAUUAGCUCAGCAUCAUCAAUUACUCAAACCUUGACUGGAGAGAUUGCUGAUGGCCAGCGUAAGAUUUUAGCCCUUGCAGCUGCAGGAGCGAACUCAAAGGCAGUAAAUCCUUUGGUUACACAACUUAGCAACGGUCCUUUAGGUGGUCUCCAUGAGAUGGCCAUGUCUAUUCAACAGGUUGAGGCACCUUUGGAUCCUACUAAAGAGCUAUCGAGAUUGAUAUCUGAACACAAAUAUGAGGAAGCAUUUAUUGCAGCUUUGCAUAGAAGUGAUGUUUCUAUUGUAUCAUGGCUUUGUUCUCAGGUUGAUUUUAGAGGUAUCUUGUCGAUGGUGCCUCAGCCUCUGCAUCAAGGAGUUCUACUGUCCCUUCUCCAGCAGUUAUCCUGCGAUAUCAGCAAGGAAACAUCGCGAAAACUGACAUGGAUGACAGACGUCGUUAUUGCCAUAAAUCCUACAGACUCGAUGAUUGCAAUGCAUGUGAGGCCGAUUUUUGAGCAGGUCUAUAAAGUACUGGCCCAUCACAUCACCUUACCAACUGUGACUUCCAGUGAUGUUACAAGCAUGCGGAUCCUUAUGCACAUCAUCAACUCCAUGUUGGUGUCCUGUAAAUGAUUCCCUUCUUCUAAUAAGUGUGCAGGAUGGAUUACUGUAGGACUUCUUUGUUUGGGUUGUGUGUAGCAGGUUUGUAUAGAAUAGGUAGGAAUUUUUCUUCUUCAAUAGGUGCUUUACUGCAUAGUCUGAAAUAUCGUUAUUAUGUAAAGUU